AUGAGCCAGAGGCAGGAUCACCCGGAGCUGCUCGCGUACCACAACACCGGGCUGCACUACGUGGACAUCCCCGCCGAGAUCAGGAGGAAAAGAAGAAGAGGAUGCAGAGCAGGAGUUAGGCGCCGAGAGAGGAGAAGUCGGUAUAAACCAUGCCUGCCGACUGUUGUUAUGGGCAACGUGAGAUCUCUCCCUAACAAGCUGAAAGAGCUAACGGCGCUAACUCGACUACACAGAGAGUAUCGGGAGAGCAGCAUCUUGUGCUUCACAGAGACUUGGCUGAAUGAUCUUUCCUCUGACGAACAUGUCUCCCUGAACGGAUUUCACCUCGUGAGAGCGGAUCGGACAGCUAGAGAGAGCGGCAAGAGGAAAGGAGGUGGGUUAGCGAUGUUUGUGAACGACAAAUGGUGCAACCCGAGACACAUCUGUGUCAAAGAGAGGCUCUGUACGCGGGACAUUGAGCUGCUGGCUGUCGGACUUCGGCCAUAUUACUUGCCGCGCGAGUUCUCGCACGUUAUCGCGAUAACUGCGUAUAUUCCCCCAUCUGCUAUCGCAGAGGUGGCCUGUGAGCUUCUUCACACUGUGGUGUCUCAGCUGCAGACAGCACACCCCCAUUCCUUUUUUCUUAUAUCCGGAGACUUUAAUCAUGCUUCACUUUCCUCCACUCUCCCAAACUUCACCCAGUAUGUUACGUGCCACACCAGAAACAACAAGACACUGGACCUACUGUAUGCAAAUGUGAAGGAUGCCUACAGCUGUUCCCCCCUCCCCCCACUAGGUUGCUCAGAUCACAACCUGGUUCACAUUUUCCCUAUCUAUAAACCUGUGGUGAAACAACAACCUCCAACUACAAGAUCGGUGAGAAGAUGGACAGAAGAGGCCAGUGAGGAGCUGAGGGACUGUUUUGAGACCACAGACUGGGAGGUGCUAUGUGGAUCGCAUGAGGACAUCGACAGUCUGACACACUGCAUUACAGACUACAUAAACUUCUGUGUGGAGAACGCUGUGCCCUCCAGGAUGGUGCGGUGUUUCCCCAACAAUAAACCGUGGGUGACCCCUGAGCUGAAGACCCUGUUAAACCAAAAAAAGAGGGCUUUUAGGUCAGGAGCCAAAGAGGAACUGAGGAGGGUGCAGAAGGAACUUAAAGUGAAGAUUAAGGAAGACAAGGGGAACUACAGAGAGAAGGUGGAAAACCAACUACAACAAAAGAAUGUGAAAGAGGUCUGGAGAGGCCUGAAAACCAUCUCUGGACUCAAUAAAGACAAAAGCCUCAACAUAACAAAGGAGCAGGUGAGAAGAGAGCUUCGGAGGAUCAAGACCAGGAAAGCCACAGGUCCAGAUGGCAUCUGCUCCAGACUGCUCAGGGACUGCGCUGACCAACUCUGCCUGGUUGUAGCAUACAUGUUCAACCUGAGCCUCGACAUGAGGAGGGUCCCUGUGCUGUGGAAAACCGCCUGCGUGGUCCCAGUACCAAAGACCGCACAGGCAAGGGAGCCCAAUCAUUACAGACCUGUGGCUUUAACGUCUCACCUAAUGAAGACCCUAGAGAGACUGAUCCUGAAUCACCUCCAGCCCCUAGUGAGCCCAGUGCUUGACCCCCUGCAGUUUGCAUAUCAACCUGGCAUCGGAGCGGAUGACGCUGUCAUCUACUUGAUGCACAGAACUCUGCUACACCUCGAGGAACCUGGAAGUACUGUCAGAAUCAUGUUCUUGGACUUCUCCAGCGCCUUCAAUACCAUUCAACCACCACUGCUGAGGGGAAAGCUGGUAGAUGCGGGGGUUGACAACCAGCUGACCUCGUGGAUUGUUGACUACCUCACCAACAGACCACAGUACGUGAGGCUCCAGGACUGUGUGUCUGCCCAGGUGGUCUGCAGCACGGGGGCACCACAAGGGACAGUGCUCUCUCCUUUUCUCUUCACCCUAUACACAUCCGACUUCCAAUAUGACUCAAACAGCUGCCAUAUCCAGAAGUUCUCCGAUGACACAGCCAUCGUUGGACGCGUUUCAGAGGGAAACGAUCUGGAAUACAAGAAGGUGAUCAAGGACUUUGUGGACUGGUGUGAACUCAAUCACCUUCACAUCAAUGCCACCAAAACAAAAGAGAUGGCGGUCGACUUCCGGAAAAAGGCUUCUCAGCCUCCCCCCGUAGUCAUUCAGGGACUGAACAUCGAGAGGGUGGAUGUGUACAAAUAUCUUGGUGUUCACAUGAACAAUAAACUGGACUGGUCAGACAACACAAAGGUCCUGCACAAGAAGGGCCAAAAUUCUUUUACCACAACCUCAUUUGUAUCAACAUCUACAACAUCACCCACUACCACAACUGAAAACAGCACUGCUUUUACUUCAACAAACACUUCAUCCUAUUCAACAUCACAUGCUUCCACUGAAUCUACCGGAACUUCGGCCCAAACAACAAUUACAUUUUGCUCAACAACAGCUACAGAUGAAACCACAACACAGACGUCGUCUGCAAGUACAACAUCUACAUCUACAUUAACGCCCUUUACAUUUGCUUCAACAAGUCCUACGUUUUCAGCAACAAUAUCUUCCCAGACUACGUCUCCCUCUCUAACUACAUCAUCAACAGCUUUAACGACAACAGAAACCUCAACAACAGAUUCUUUCACUACAACCCCUUUUGUAGCAACAUCUACAACACCACCCACUAGCACAAUUGAAACCAGCACUGCUUUUACCUCAGCAAAAACUUCUACUUCAUCAGCAAGUGCUUCCACUGCAUCUACCAGCACUUCAGCGCAAACAACAAUUACAUUUGGCUCGACAACAGCCACAGAUGAAACCACAACAACGUCGUCUGCAAGUACAACAUUCACAACCUUUCCUACAGAGACCACCGCUAUUUCCACAACAAGCUUUUCAAGCACUGCCUCAACUUCAUCGACAUCAACCCCGCUUACAUUUGCUUCAACAAGUCCUACGUUUUCCGCAACAAUAUCUUCCCAGACUACGUCUCCCUCUCUAACUACAUCAACAGCUUUAACGACAACAGAAACCUCAACAACAGAUUCUUUCACCUCAACCCCUUUUGUAGCAACAUCUACAACACCACCCACUAGCACAAUUGAAACCAGCACUGCUUUUACCUCAGCAAAAACUUCUACUUCAUCAGCAAGUGCUUCCACUGCUUCUACCAGCACUUCAGCGCAAACAACUAUUACAUUUGGCUCGACAACAGCCACAGAUGAAACCACAACAACGUCGUCUGCAAGUACAACAUUCACAACCUUUCCUACAGAGACCACCGCUAUUUCCACAACAAGCUUUUCAAGCACUGCCUCAACUUCAUCUACAUCAACGCCGUUUACAUUUGCUUCAACAAGUCCUACGUUUUCCGCAACAAUAUCUUCCCAGACUACGUCUCCCUCUCUAACUACAUCAUCAACAGCUUUAACGUCAACAGAAACCUCAACAACAGAUUCUUUCACUACAACCCCUUUUGUAGCAACAUCUACAACACCACCCACUAGCACAAUUGAAACCAGCACUGCUUUUACCUCAGCAAAAACUUUUACUUCAUCAGCAAGGGCUUCCACUGCAUCUACCAGCACUUCAGCGCAAACAACAAUUACAUUUGGCUCGACAACAGCCACAGAUGAAACCACAACGACGUCGUCUGCAAGUACAACAUUCACAACCUUUCCUACAGAGACCACCGCUAUUUCCACAACAAGCUUUUCAAGCACUGUCUCAACUUCAUCUACAUCAACGCCAUUUACAUUGGCUUCAACAAGUCCUACGUUUUCCGCAACAAUAUCUUCCCAGACUACGUCUCCCUCUCUAACUACAUCAUCAACAGCUUUAGCGACAACAGAAACCUCAACAACAGAUUCUUUCACCACAACCCCUUUUGUAGCAACAUCUACAACACCACCCACUAGCACAAUUGAAACCAGCACUGCUUUUACCUCAGCAAAAACUUCUACUUCAUCAGCAAGUGCUUCUACUGCUUCUACCAGCACUUCAGCGCAAACAACUAUUACAUUUGGCUCGACAACAGCCACAGAUGAAACCACAACAACGUCGUCUGCAAGUACAACAUUCACAACCUUUCCUACAGAGACCACCGCUAUUUCCACAACAAGCUUUUCAAGCACUGCCUCAACUUCAUCGACAUCAACGCCAUUUACAUUUGCUUUAACAAGUCCUACGUUUUCCGCAACAAUAUCUUCCCAGACUUCGUCUCCCUCUCUAACUACAUCAUCAACAGCUUUAACGACAACAGAAACCUCAACAACAGAUUCUUUCACUACAACCCCUUUUGUAGCAACAUCUACAACACCACCCACUAGCACAAUUGAAACCAGCACUGCUUUUACCUCAGCAAAAACUUCUACUUCAUCAGCAAGUGCUUCCACUGCAUCUACCAGCACUUCAGCGCAAACAACUAUUACAUUUGGCUCGACAACAGCCACAGAUGAAACCACAACAACGUCGUCUGCAAGUACAACAUUCACAACCUUUCCUACAGAGACCACCGCUAUUUCCACAACAAGCUUUUCAAGCACUCCCUCAACUUUACCUACAUCAACCCCGUUUACAUUUGCUUCAACAAGUCCUACUUUUUCCGCAACAAUAUCUUCCCAGACUACGUCUCCCUCUCUAACUACAUCAUCAACAGCUUUAACGACAACAGAAACCUCAACAGAUUCUUUCACCUCAACCCCUUUUGUAGCAACAUCUACAACACCACCCACUAGCACAAUUGAAACCAGCCCUGCUUUUACCUCAGCAAAAACUUUUACUUCAUCAGCAAGUGCUUCCACUGCAUCUACCAGCACUUCAGCGCAAACAACAAUUACAUUUGGCUCGACAACAGCCACAGAUGAAACCACAACGACGUCGUCUGCAAGUACAACAUUCACAACCUUUCCUACAGAGACCACCGCUAUUUCCACAUACAACAUUCACAACCUUUCCUACAGACACCACCGCUAUUUCCACAGUAAGCUUUUCAAGCACUGCCUCAACAUCAUCUACAUCAACGCCGUUUACAUUUGCUUCAACAAGUCCUACGUUUUCCACAACAAAAUCUUCCCAGACUACGUCUCCCUCUCUAACUACAUCAUCAACAGCUUUAACGACAACAGAAACCUCAACAACAGAUUCUUUCACCACAACCCCUUUUGUAGCAUCAUCUGCAACACCACUUACUAG